AAAUGUCAUACCCACAAACACUAAUUUAAGCAAGCCAAGCAGUUAUUGAUGAGGAAAAUAUUUAAUUUAAAGUAAAUUUGAAAAACGUUUAAUCAAAACCAAAGUCAAAAUGCAGGAUGCAGAGACAGAUCCAAAGCGAACCAAAAGCUACGUGGAGGAGGUAUUCCGCAAAGUGGAGGCGAAACCCGGCGUGGAGGACAUACUGAUCAUGAAUCACUCGGGUGUGCCGGUCAAGACCUCGAUGGAUCGCCAGGAUGGCCUGCAGUACGCCUGUCUGUAUGACAAUUUGCGGGAGAAGUGCCAGGCAUUCCUCUCCAAAAUGGAGCCAGCUCAAAAUUUAACUCAAUUGAGAGUGCGUACCAAGUUCCACGAGGUGCUCAUUACGCCAGAUGCCAAGAUCACCGUUUUGGUGGUUCAGAAUGCCAAGGAUACUUUUAUUAACAUCAAGGGUUAGCAUAAAUGUUGAUUACCACAAAAGUAUUAAAUAAAGUUUUCAGUUGGACGUUUGCUAUUACAAACGUUAAUGCGGAUAAA